AUGAGCGGUUGCAUGGAAGUAGACUAUGCUGGUGCUGACGGGAGUACUGCUGGAGACUCCGUAGGUGCUGAGGCGCAGAAAUAUGACGUUGGCCUGAUUGCAACAGCAACGGCCGUGCCUCCAGUAACAGUACCUCCGGCGACGCCGGUGGAGAAUGACGAAGCUUACAGUAAAGAAAGGCCGGCAGCGGAAGGGGAUGCAAGCGAGCCAAUCUUACAGGAGCAGGAGCAACAACAACAGCAACAACAAAGCUUGUCUCCCGUGCGCUUGCACCAUCCCUUGCCACGCGUGGGACAUACAAUAUGCCCCUUCAACCUGCCGGCGAAGGUGACGCCGUUGCAGAUGCAGGAAAAACAGGAGCAGCAGCAACAGAAACAUCAAGCGCGACGGCUGAGACACACGUGGGAAAAGCGGGAGCAGCAGAGACACCAGCAAUUGCAGGCGACGACGCAUUCUUCCGUAAAGCCGGAUGACAUUUACAGAAACAAAAACGGCAGCACCAACGCCGUCGAGGGUCUGUGGGUACGCUCACUGGUCAGAACAGUAUUGGUUGGCGGCUGCAGCGCUGAUGCAGCCACUGCAGCGGCCGCAGCAGAACCAAACAUAUACAAAGCCGUAGAGAGUACGGCGGUUGUUCCCGGAGAUGCGUUUUUGGGAUUCACUGCAGCGGAAGCGGCGGCUUCCCUGAGACAGACCCCAUUCUUGUUAUUACAGCAGGCUGCAAGUGCAGCAGCAGCACGCAAGCAACAGCAGGCCAUGACAUUUCCCCCAACUGGCUUGCCGUUUUCAGCAGCAGAAGCGGAAGAGAGACGUGGAACAGCCGCAGGAGAAGCGCUGGAUAGAGACUGGCUUGAGACGUAUAUAUUGCGCUUGUCUUCUGCUGGAAGCCGCUGCUGGUUGUGGUGGCGACUGCAGCUUUCAGACGUUCCUGGGGGGCCGGGUGCUUCCACGGACUGUGCUGGUGCUGCCGUUGCGGUAACCCCAGAAUGUCGGGUGCACCAUGCAGCUGCCUCUGUCUCAGCGGAGAGACAGUGUUCGGCUGUCGCGGUCUUUGGGGGUAGGAGAGCGGAUGGAGCCUUCGCAGAUAAUGAACUGUACCUGCUCGAGGUGACUGCGCUUCUCUCUUUAGACCUGCCUCUUUACAUCCUGGGAGAACUAUUAUGUCUGGCUCUCGCAGACGCGACAAGAGCAGAAGGACCAGCAGCAGCAGUAGAAACAGCAGCAACUGGUGCAGGGACUGUCCCGACAAUGCCUUCAACGGAAGCGGCUAGGCAUACAGCUAUUACCACAGCUUCGACCGCACCAAGCGCAGCAGCUACACACGUUGACUCGAAAGAAGAUGCAGGGCGACGCAGCUUUGGCAGCAACAACUGCAAUAUCCCGCCGUUGCUAAGGUGGCGAGUGCCGCUAUGCGUUGGUCGCAAGCCUUCAGCGAGGCUCGGCCAUUCCUUGGUUUACGCGGAGCCUCAUCUAAUCCUUUAUGGCGGCAAGGACGAGCGGGGCCAGCUACUGAGCGACGUGUGGCUUCUGGACAUCUUUGAUUGGCGGAAGGCGCAUCGGCCUGCAUCAGUGGGAACCGCAGCAGCAGCAACAGCAGCAGCGUCGGUUGGCGUGAGUACAUCAACACUAGCAGGCGAAGUUUCAUCCGCUGGAGCGCGCGCAAUCGAAGCAACAGAAGCACUGAGUAUCUCCCUUUGUUGGGUUUGCUUAGACCUUUCGGCGUCUCCCUUGAAACCACCCGGCCGUUUCCUACAUUCUUGUAGUGUCUUUUUCAAAACUACGGGCGACGGGUCCUGCUGCAUCGUGGUAGCGGGGGGUUGGACCUCUAUAGUUUUGCCUCGUGCUCGUCUUUACGCUCUCCAUAGAGAUGCUAAGGGCCACUGGAGACACUGUCUCCUGCCAGUCCGAGUUACGAAUGCAGCAGAUCAGCGUUUUAUGCAUGCGUCAGUUUGUGCGGGCUCUUCGUUGCUGUUAUGUGGCGGCUUGCAGAUCAGACCGUCAGCUCCACCUUGUGCUGUGGCCUCACCGAUCGUCUCUCAUGACGCCCUCAGCCACCGCAGUCUAUCUUUCCCACAUGUUAACAUUUCCGCUUUAGUAGGUCACCAAGCCUGGCAAGUCGGCGGAUGGAUUUUUUGCUUUGGGGGAUUCAAAGUAAACGACGAUGAGAAGGGACCACUGAACCCCGUACCCAUGAAUCGUCUGGCGUUUUUCGAUGCAUGCGAUCUGCUGCCUAACAAUUCUUCAGAGCCGCUCUUGGCUAUUCGCUACGAGACGCACCUGCACUUGCAAAGACGCGCAGCAGCACCUGAGGUAUCAUCCAGGCAGCUGAGGCCUCAAGCAUCACAUGAUCCUGCAGCAGCAGCUGGAGAUUCCCACAGCUGCUGGGAUGCUGACAGUAGCGGCAGUAGUAGCACUGAACACCACCAGCCAGCAGUGGAAGCUUGCAACAGCAACAGCAGUAGCCCAAUGUUCUCUCGGCAAGCGACCCAGACACCCUGUACAACGGAUAAGUGGGUUUCAGCCGCAGGUGCAGCAACCGCAGCAACUGGGGUGGCAAGUGGUACUGCGGCGUUGGCUUCUCAUGGGCCUGUCUCAGCCGAGAUGAUCACUGCAUAUAAGGAUAGCAAGAGGCCUUGCUCAAGGCCAUGGAGCUUCGCUGCAUCUUCACUUUCUGAGCAGCCGCCUCCGUCAGAAACAGCACGAGCAGGUGUUGCUGUUUCUUUUACGUCUACGGGUAAUGCGGCCCAUGACACAGCUGCUUGUCCUGCAGUGUCUCUGCGCGCGCAAGUUCACGGGCAAGGAAGAGGCAUUUCUGGCAUGGCAGGCCCCCCUACAGGGAGUGGCAAUGCAGCAAUGCAUACUGCUGUCGCUACGGUUGCAGUAAGUACUGCUUCCAAUGUGGCGCCGCAGCAGUCAGAAGCACUUACGUGUACACCCCGCCGCCAUCGGCGAGUGGCGGCUUUGCAGGCCCUAGAGUCAUUCAAGCUGCUUCCAGAUACGUCGGCCUCUGAGCCCAGUGGGGCAGUUGCCCCAACGGAAGUACCGACAGUCCCAGAGGCAGCAACGGCAGCAGCAACAGAAGCAGCUACAACGCCUUCUAGAGCGUCGGCAGAGAAGCUCACUUAA